CCGAGUGAGUCAGGGGGGCUAGGGCCGAGGGCAGGCAGCAAUGUCUGUGGAGAAAGAGGUUCCAUUCAAGUUGCCACACCCUGGCCCGAAAGUGCGGAGUAAGCAGUUUAGGAAGCCGCGGGGCCGUAGUAAGGCCCGGGCCCGGGGUGCCCAGGGCGCCCGGAGCAAGGCCCACGUCCACAGGCGAUCGCAACCCGAGCCGUACUGCAAAAAGGCGCAAGUGCGAGAGAAAGAGAAGGUGUGGAGCCCCUGGAAUGGACUCAUCGUGAUUGGGAAGAGAGUGGAACUCUUGGACAGAAACCUGCAAAAGUCUAAAGUGUGGGACCCAAAGUUGGAAUCUGAGAACUGGAAGCUGGAAGUCGUGGGGAAGAAGAUCUCGAAAGAGAGAUCGGGCCUGCAUCAGGAGAAGGUGGACACGAAGCUCUUGAACAGUGUAGAAAGGACGUCACAGGCUCCAGCAAGGUUGGCGGAUGAUAUCCCAGAGGAGAUUUGGGGACAGCAGGAGGACAGACCCAAAGCUGGAGCCGUAUCUAAGGGUGCAGAGAUGACAGCAGAGCCUGAAGAAAGAUUGAAGUCUAAGGACAAGUUGAGGACCAGUGGAGGGGACUUGAGAUCCAGAGGGGAUCAACUGAGGCACAAUGAGGAAGUGGAGUCGAGUGGAGAGAACUUGGUGUACAAGAAAGAGAAACGGGUGUCCAUGGGAGAGAAGGUGGUGGGCAGGGGAGAGAAGCGGUCUGUUGUAGAGAAAAUGGACAGUAGAGAGAAACGGGGGUCCAUCAGAGAGAAGGUGUCGGACAGUGGCGAGAAGCGGGGGUCCAUCAGAGAGAAGGUGUCGGACAGUGGCGAGAAGCGGGGGUCCAUCAGAGAGAAGGUGUCGGACAGUGGCGAGAAGCGGGGGUCCAUCAGAGAGAAGGUGUCGGACAGUGGCGAGAAGCGGGGGUCCAUCAGAAAGGUGUCGGACAGUGGCGAGAAACGGGGGUCCAUCAGAAAAAAGGUGUCGGAUAGUGGAGAAAAACGAGGUUCCAUAAGAGAGAAGGUGUCAGACAGUGGAGAGAAACGGGGGUCCAUCAGAAAAAAGGCAUCCGACAGUGGAGAGAAACGGGGAUCCAUCCGAGAAAAGGCAUCCGACAGUGGAGAGAGGCGGGGGUCCUCCAAAGAGAAGGCGAAGUCAAGUGAUGAGAAGCUGAGAUUGAAUAGAGAGAAAUCAAGUUCCAGUAGAGGAGAGAAGCCGAGGACUGGUGAUAAGAACCUGAGAUCCACUGAAGAGAAGCUGGAGUCAAAUACCGAGGAAGCACAGUCCGAUGAGAUGGAACUGGAAAAUACAACCGAAGAGGACAUUGAAAGAGUGAUAAAUAUUACUGGUGAUGAAAAUGCGGUGGAAGAGAUGAGUCAGGAAAUGCAAAUUCCUGAAAGUCUGGAAGGCAGAGAUGAACAAGAAGGAGCAGAGAAAGCAGGGGAGAUUGACAGUUUUGUCUUGGACAACGUGGAAGAUCCCACCUAUGAAUCUGUUCUUAUGGAAGAGAAAGACGAGAUUAGAGAAGGCUCCGGGGAAUCAGGUGGAUGAAGACUUGAAGGCAAAGGAAAUUGAAGAAGCGUUGAAAGUCAGAGAGGAGCUAGAGCAAAGCCAAACUCUGCUGACCCCGAAGUGUAGAUAUGAGCGAGCUUGAGACUGGAGGAGUUACUGGGCAUGAGGCCAAGCCAGUAUCACCAGAGUGAGGAGGGGAAAAGAGGGAGUUGGGAUCAUUUUAAGGUGAAAAUAUUUGGGAAUGAAUGCUAAGAAGAAGGAAACUGGCCGCUACGUUAUUGAAGAACUGUUUGAGUCUAGGGUGAACUGGAUUUUGGCAGACAUGUACAUGCCGGGGUGUGAGAUGAGGAGAAUGUCAGAAAGAACAGAUCAUUGCAGGGCAAAGGGUGGGCACUGAGGGUUGUGGGAGAAGCAGCCAAUAGGUGAGGUAUCAGAAACUGACACCAAAAACGGGCUCCAGCAGGAAUGAAAUGGGAAGAGGAGUGGUCGAAUAAAACGGUGGACCAGUGA